AUGCCCGCGGUCUUCAUGGCGCUGCUCACGGCCCACGCCGUCACGGCCUGCUACAACGAGUGCGCCGCGCUCGUGGAGUUGCGGCAGGACUUCUUCACGACGGCGCCGAAGAACGCGGACCCCGUCGCCGCGGAGCAGUCCCUGCGGAGCUGCAUGCUCGAGCGGCUGCCGCCGCACCUGCGCACGUCCGCGGCGCUCAAGCGCCACUGGGACGCGCUGCUGCCCGGCCGCGUGCACAGCGCCGUCGUCGCCGUCGACGCGCCGGACCUGACGCGGCUCGAGCGCGAGCGCGAGGCCGUCGCGCUCCACCUCGAGCGCCUGCUGCUCAAGCGGUCGCGCACGGACCGCGAGCCCCUCGUCGGCGACAGCGCCUACCCGCUCGAGCGGCUCUGCCCGGCCUGGCUGCGGCCGCGGUCCGCGUGCUGCGCGAUAUCGCCGGGCGCCGAUCUGGACGCGGCGUCCGCGAAGGAGCAGAUCAUCCCGCUGCUCCGGGGGCGGCUCGCGGGGCAGAACGCGGCCUUCGCGGACGUUCGACGACGGACGCUGGAGGACCUCGAGCGCGCCGACGCGGUGCUGAGCCGCGAGCGCGAGGACUUUCUCGCGGCGCCCGCGCCCGCGGCGCCGAGGAGCGCGCGGCGCGCGUCCGCGUCGCUCGAGAACGCGGUGUCGUCCGUGCUCUUCGGCCGGUCCGUCGACGACGCGGCGUCCGACGCGCGGCGGCUGCGGGAGGCGGUCGAGAACGACGACGUCGACGACGCGGCGGCGCCGCCGUCGCGCGCGCGCGAGUCGCUGCUCCGCGAGGGCUCGCGGCUCCGCGAGGCCGCGGGCCGCGCGGCCCGGCGCCUCACGAGUAGCGAGCGCCACUCGAGCACGGGCUUCGUGACCUUCACGGACUUCACGGCCGCGGCGCUCGCGCGCCACAUGCAGCUCGCGCCGCGGCCCCACGGCGCCGUCGCGCACCCCUUACCGCCGGACCGGCGCGACGUCAUCUGGGAGAACGUCGCCGAGUCCCUCGAGGCCGGCGAGACGCGGCGUUUAUUCGCGGAUGGGUUCGUCUACAUGAUCGCGUUGUACUGGUCGUUCUACAUCUCCAUCUGCUACGCGAUCUCGAGCUAUCGGACGCUCGUAAAGCUCGGCUUCGCGCCGCGGUCCGAGCACAUGCCGCCGAUCCAGCGCGCGGUGGUGGGCUACGUGACGACGCUGGGGCCCGUGGGCCUCGUGUCGAUCGCGCUCGCCGUCAUGCCCAUCUCGCUGGAGAACGUCGCGAAGAAGUACGAGCGGCGCAAGCUCAAGUCGUCCGCGCAGCUCUCGGUGCUCCACCGCAACUUCCUGCUCCAGAUGAUCAACCUGUGGUUCACGGUCAUCGCCGGGUCCAUCUUCGACGCGGCCAAGGAGAUCAUGGAGGAGCCGGAGACGUUCCUGCGACUACUCGGGGGCUCGAUGCCGCAGGUGUCCGUCUACUUCGUGGAGCUCAUCCUCAUCAAGACGCUCGUGGGUCUCCCGUUCGAGCUGAGCCGCGUCGCGCCCUGGCUGCGGCUCCGGGGCAUUCGGUUGGCCGCGGGCGGCGCGCUGACGCCGCGGGACCGCAAGUCCGCGCUGUUCCUGCGGCCCGAGUUCCCCUACGGCAACGUCUACACGACGACGCUCAUGGUGCUGGUCAUGGCCUUCCUCUUCGCCGUCAUCGCGCCGCUGAUCUUCCCGUUCGCCGCCUGCUUCUUCGCGGCGGCGUACCUCGUCUACAGCCACAACGCGAUGCACGUCUACGUGCCCCAAUACGAAACGGGCGGCAUCUUCUUCUUCCCGGCCAUGCGGCGCUUUCUCGGGGCCCUCGUGGCGACGCAGCUGACGCUCGUGGCCUACCUCAUGCUGAAGCGCGCCUGGGGCGCCGCGGGGCUGACCCUGCUGCUGCCGUUGGCGACGCGCUACUUCCAGACCUACGUCUUCGCGGGCUUCGAGAAGUCGUGCAACGCCGCGUCCGUCGAGAGCGCGCUGGGCCACGACCACGAGCUGCGGGAGCCCGCGGGCGCGGCGCCGGCGGCGCGGCGCAAGCGGCUGAGCGUGCUCCUGAGCGGCGGGCCCGCGUCGCCCGCGCCGGACCCGCGCGGCCGGCCGGAGACGCUGGGCGACCGCAUCGCGGCGACCUUCGACGCGUUCCUCUACCGCCAGCCCCUCUUCGACGACCUCGAGGCCGUGCCCGACGAGCCCGAGGACGUCGAGGUCGGCGUCGGCGCGGGCCUCGAGGUCGACGCGGACGCGUACGCGGACGAGGACGAGGCGGCGACGCCGACGCGCGCCCGGGCCGCCAAGGACGGCGCGGCGCCCGACGACGCCGCCGCGCCGCUCCUGGGGGGCAAGCUCCGGGGGCAGGCCGAGCCCGUCCUCUACGGCGGCACCGACGACGCCGAGCCGGACGACGUCGCCUACGUGCCGCCGCCGGCCCCGCGCGUCGUCCCGGCGCCGCCGGAGGCGCCGGAGCCGCCGGCGGAGCCGGCGGAGCCGGAGGCGCCGACGGAACCACGUGGUGCACCAGAGCUGGAGGAGCCGCCGGAGGCGCCACCAGGGGGUGGGGGACACGCGGAAUUCGAUUUCUAUUGGCUCGGGCUGCUUCAGAAUCGCAUGGCUCGACUCGUGCUCUGGCUCGCGCCGCUCGCGUGCGCCUACGAAGUGACGGUCGUGAACAGAAGUCUCGCCGGCGGCCCGCUGCUCUCCUUCGCGGAAAACACCUCGUGGGCACCCUACAUCCUGAACCCAUCGUGGCUGCCCCUCGCGGACAGCCCCGGCGGCGGCCUCUUCUUCCGCGUCAUCACGGCGCCGAACACUUCCAGCUACAACGCCGUCGGUUUCAUUCCCGCGUCCGACGGGGCGGGCCUGGCGUACCCGCGCGCGACCGUCGACCACCUGCUCGACGACGCCGGGUCGGUCAACGCGGGCGCGGACCCGCGCGCGGGCUGGAGCGACGACGAGUCCUUCUUCACGUACCAGCUCGCCACGGACAGCUACCCCGGCCGCCACACGUUCCUGAGCCGCACCACCACGCCCGACGACGCCGGCAGCUGGCGGCGCGUCGCCGGCGGGCCCAUGUUCCUCGGCCUGAAGAACGCCGACGGGUCGCCCUUCCUCGAGGCGGCGGCGCUGGCGACCUGCGACGGCGCGCAGACCUGGACGCUGGGGACCGACGGCCGCAUCGCGGGCGCCGACGGGUACUGCCUGUCGCUGAGCGGCAGCCCGGACGCGUCGCGGCCCGUCGGCCGCGUCGCCUGCGGCGCCGCGUCGGCGUGGACCUUCGACGCCGCGACGAAGCAGCUGCGCGUCCAAGGCACGAAUCAGUGCCUCGACGUCGACCACGGCGUGGGGCCGAAGGUCGGCCUCUACGCGUGCCACGCGCCGGGCGACGAGGACGUCGGCCACCAGCGCUGGUCCUUCGACGGCGGCGCGCUAAAGGCGCUCUCGGCGGCGAACGGGACGAACUGCGUCGCCGUCGAGGAGACGCUGGCCAACGACUGCGGCACGGCCGUCUUCUUCCCCGACGCGUCGUCGUCGACGAAGGCCUACGCCGUCGCGACCUUCGGCGAGCUCCGCGGCGCGAACCUGUCGUUGGUGUCGUCGGACGACCUCGCGUCGUGGACCUACGAGCGGCCGUUGCUGGAGACGCGCCCGGAUUCCUGGGACGACGCGACGCUGUCGGCGGGCCCGGCGCCCCAGCGGCUCUCCGACGGCAGCUGGCUGUUGCUGUACAACGUGGACCAGCUCUGGCCCGUCGACGAUCCCGCGCCGCUGCCGUGGUUCGGCCGCUGCGCGCUCGGCUGGGCCAUCCUCGACGGCGACGACUUCGCCGUGCUCGCGCGCGCGCCCGAGCCCCUCGUCUACGCGGCGCUGCCCUGGGAGCUCGCGGGCUUCACGGACCGGGUCGUCUACUCCGACGGCGUCAGGCCGGAGGGCGGCGACGUCUUCACGGUCUACGCCGGCGCCGGCGACGCCGUCGUCGAGGCGUUCCGCAUCGAGGUCGCGGUCUAA